CUGUGCGUAAUGCAGGACGCGGACUGUAGCCUGUGUCAGUCACAAGUCGAUGGUGCCGCGGAGGAGGAAAACACAGUGGAAAGAUUAGUAAAAGGCACUAAAACCAUUUUAAUUCCGCAAAUCAAUCGCUGCUUUUCAAUCGGAAUAGAUACACUAAAGUUUUUUCUUCCAGGCCCUGCACGCUGAGUGUGAAUUAGGGCAGCAGAGAUGUCGGGCUCCAUGGAUGGCUCCAUGAUUGAUGUGUCCAGUGACAGCUUCUGGGAGGUUGGGAACUAUAAGCGCACAGUGAAGCGGGUAGACGAUGGCCACAGACUUUGCAGCGAUCUGAUGAACUGUCUUCAUGAACGGGCCCGUAUAGAAAAAUCCUAUGCACAGCAGCUCACAGAAUGGGGCAAGAGGUGGCGGCAACUCAUAGAGAAAGGCCCUCAGUAUGGCACACUGGAGAGAGCCUGGUCAGCUCUGUGCACCGAAUCAGAAAAAGUGAGUGAACUGCACAUGGAGGUGAAGACCGCACUGAUGGGAGAGGACUACGAGAAGCUCAAGAACUGGCAGCGCGAUGCCUACCACAAACAGAUGAUCGGGGGAUUUAAAGAAACAAAAGAGGCGGACGAUGGAUUCAGGAAGGCGCAGAAACCUUGGGCAAAAAAACUAAAAGAGGUGGAGACGAUGAAAAAGACCUACCACUCAGCCUGUAAAGAAGAGAAGCUGGCAGCAAGCAGAGAAACCAACAGCAAACUGGAGAGCAACAACAAUCCUGAGGCACAGAAAAAGCUGCAGGAAAAACUAGAGAAGUGUCAACAAGAGGCACAAAAGGCAAAAGAGCGCUAUGAGAAGUCCCUGGAGGAGCUUGACAAGCUAACCCCUCAGUACAUGGAGAACAUGGAGCAGGUGUUUGAGCAGUGGCAGCAGUUUGAAGACAAACGCAUUCACUUUUUCAAAGAGCUGCUCCUGGAAGUCAAGCAACAUCUGGACCUAUCUAGCAAUCACAGAUUUCAGACAAUCUACCACACGCUGGAAGACACGAUUUCUGCUACUGAUGCUGAAGAUGACCUCAAAUGGUUCCGGUCAAACCAUGGUCCAGGCAUGCCCAUGAACUGGCCACAGUUUGAGAAUUUGGAUUUGUCCGAGCCUCGUUCCUUUAAAAGAAGGUCCAUUGUAGACUGGUCUAUAGAUUUGAACCGGACUCUGAGCAGACGAGAAACAAAGAAGAAGUCGUCUGAAGGAGUGACGCUGACUGGGAUCAGUCAGACUGGGUCUGAUCAGCCUGUGAAGACCACCAGCAGCCUCACCAUGCCCACCAUAAGUGAACCGGUGAGCACAAACCCCUUUGACGAAGAUGACGAUGAGGAGGAGGAGGUGCAGACUACAGUCAACCACAACAUUGUCAAUAAAGAAGAAAUAAAUGUUGGUGAAAUGGAGAAAAGUGUAUUGUCUUGCGGCCUCUUGAAACUCUCUUCUUUUAUUUGUGUUGUGGGCGUAGUUUGUCUUCUGUUUUUGCUUGAAAGUUGAUGUCCUUCUUUUCUUUAGCCUCUCUUGACGCGAGUUGGCGUGCUGCAUGGUCACUGAAAUGCGACUACACACAGGACCAUGUUUCUGUGCUUGACUUCUGGUAUUAUACAGUCAGACCACAAAAAAACCAUUCAGCCAACCUGGGACACACACUGCAAAAUGUAAUCGAUGCUUGUACUAAUUUCAUUUGGCAAAACAUUUAAAAUCUGGGUUAAUAACGUUUAUUUAAAGAUGUAACUAUUCUGGUGGAGGAUCUGUCGCAUGCUUGUCUCCAUGGAGAUUUUGCCUAGAAUAUUCCACAGUACAGCAUUGAAGUUUUUUUUCCCCAUGGAGAAAAACAGGUGACCCUGUUAUGCGUAGUUUAAAAUCAUGCGGUGGAGCACUGCAGGCAAAGUAAUCUCCAUAGAGAAAAGCAGGUUGCGGACCCCCACCAGAAAAGUUACACUGUUCUUUAAAAAGUUUGUUUGGUCUAAUUUCACUAAAAUGCAGGUCUCAUAUCCAAUCAACACUUUGGGAACUCCUAUUGUAAAGCUAUACGCAAUUACUAAUAAGCAUGCAGUCUUAAUUGGUUGACCUUAGCAUUAAAUCUCAUAUGAUCUGCAUGUUGUUGUAGUCCAGAGGCUGUAAACGUGUCUGACUGUACAUCAUUUGAGCGCUGCUUGGUGUGUUUUUCAUUUUCUACUUUUGUCUCAGAGAGAAGCUGUCUCUGUGUCUCUGUGGCUCCCUCUUUUGGUCAUGCAGGACAAAUCAAAUGUGUUUGUUCAGUGAUUAUGACUCAUGUUACCUUUUGCUGGCUGUUUUAUUUACAUUGCCUGGUCUCGACUAUUGUGUUAACUAAACUUCACAGCACCAAAAAACAACAAUUUGUCUGGUCCACUAAGUAAGCAUGUUCUUUCUAUUCUUUUAGAAUUAACUUGAUGUUUUUAGACAAAACUAAAUCUUUCCCAGUUUGGUGAAGUUUUAGGUUGUGAUGGUCUUCUGGCUUUCUACUUUUUCCAACUUUUACAUGUAUUACAUUUUUGUAUGUUCUAUCAGCGUCACUUGACCUCCUCGAAGAUCUCUGCUUAAGUGACUGUGUUCUG